GAGAGUGUCCGCAUCAGCAGUGAACCCGGCACCGCAGACUCACCUCCCAGCAGACAUGAAGGCCGCCCUGGUGCUCGUCGCGGCGUUAGCCGUCAUUGUGGUCGCCGCCGCGGAGGAGAAGUACACCACCAAGUACGACAACGUCAACCUGGACGAGAUCCUCGCCAACGACCGCCUGCUCAACAAGUACGCCCAGUGCCUGUUGGAGAACGACGAAACCAACUGUACGGCCGACGGGAAGGAGCUCAAGAGUGUCAUUCCUGACGCGCUGAGCAACGAGUGCGCCAAGUGCAACGAGAAGCAGAAGGAGGGCACCAAGAAGGUGCUGAAGCACCUCAUCAACCACAAGCCCGACAUCUGGGCGCAGCUCAAGGCCAAGUACGACCCUGACGGCACCUACAGCAAGAAGUACGAGGACAGGGAGAAGGAGCUCCACGAAUAACCACUGUACUUCCGCGUCUGUGUUGUGUAAAUCUUCUGCUGAAAUAAAAUGUUCCAUGUGCUACA